AUGAAUGGUUUCAUGCUCGCGAAGAAGAUUUUGAGAGCUGGAUACUUUUGGAUGACCAUGGAGAGGGAUAACAUUCGAUUUAUGCAGAAGUGUCACCAAUGUCAAGUUCAUGGAGACUUUAUACGAGUUCCGCCAAAUGAACUCAAUGUUGAGGCCUCGACACAUAAGGCCGUAACCAAGAGGGUGGUAGCAGAUUUUGUUCAUAAUAACUUAGUCUGCCGGUUUGGAAUUCGAGAAUCAAUCUUAACAAAUAAUAGAGCCAAUCUUAAUAGUGACAUGAUGAGAGAGAUUUGUGAAAGGUUUAAGAUCUCUCAUCGAAAUUCCACUGCAUAUCGACCACAAAUAAAUAGAGAAAUUGAAGCUGCAAACAAGAAUAUCAAGAAGAUUUUGAGGAAGAUAGUGAACGAUAAUAGAGAAUGGCAUGAGAAGUUGUCAUAUGCUUUACUUGGAUAUCGCACCACAAUCAAAACUUCUACUGGAGCAACUCCCUACAUGUUGGUUUAUGGGUUGGAAGUGGUGAUACCUGCAGAAGUGGAGAUACCUUCAUUAAGAAUUAUCCAGGAGGUUAAUCUAGAUAACAUCGAAUGGAUUCAUAGCAGGAUCGAGCAGUUGAUACUUAUUAAUGAAAAGAGAUUAGACGCAAUCUAUCAUGGUCAACUCUAUCAAAAUAGAAUGAUUAAGGCAUUCAAUAAGAAGGUCAAGACUCGGCGAUUCACACUAGGAUAG